ACUAGUGUCAUGUCAUACAUGUCAAAUUGAUGUCAAUUUUUCGCAAGUGUAUGUAACAGACCCGUGAAAAAUUAAUUUUUAUUUGUUUAAUAGUGAUUUAAAAUGGCAGAUCAACUGCUAAUUCACGAUGAUAUUAAAUUAUAUACCACAUCCGAUAAGUUCUAUUUUGAACCAACCAUUAAUCCCACAGAGAUUAUGGUCAUUGAUCGAACAACAGGAGAAGCUUCUGUUAAAGAUAUAAAUGCAGUCAAAAUCCCGAUUCCGGCGAAUGCAUACAGACCUGUAUGUGGUUUCUUAGGGUCUAUCAAGCUUGUGUCUGGACUGUACCUCGUCGUUGCCAAAUAUAGGAUAUUGAUGGGAAAACUAAACGGCCAUGACAUUUUCCAACUUGCUGGUGCAGAUAUCAUACCCUAUGCAAGAUCUACAACACAUCUUACUAACAAACAGAUAGAAGACAAUAGUACGUAUGAGAAGAUGGUCCGCGCGGCGCUAGAGACGCCUGGAAUUUAUUUCUCGUACGGACACGAUCUCACACACAGUCUGCAGAGGCUGCACUCGGUUGGACCUGACUUCCACAAGAUGUCUUUGGCGAAUCGUGCCGAUUCUAGGUUUUUGUGGAAUGGUCACUUACUGAGGGACUACUCACACGAACAAUUCUCAAGAUUCGCUUUACCGCUUAUAGAAGGCUUUGUGUCAAUAAACUCGCUGGUGGUAAAUAGUCGUCAGAUCACGUGGUCGCUCGUGUCGCGGCGGUGCGUCGACCGCGCCGGCACCAGGUUCUUCAUGCGCGGUGUCGAUGCCCAGGGCAACGUAGCCAACUACGUGGAGACCGAACAGAUCCUCGAGGUAGGCAGUGAGAAGUCGUCGUACGUGCAGACCAGGGGAUCGAUUCCCCUGUUCUGGAGCCAGUAUCCUGACAUCAAGUACAAGCCAGCGGUUACCCUGGCUCAUGAGGACCACGUGGCGGCUUACACCAAGCAUCUGAGGGACCAGCAGCAGAGAUAUGGGAACCAGGUGUUGGUGAACUUGAUCGACCAGCAUGGCAAGGAGGAGGCGCUGGAGCGCGGGUACCGCGCGGCGGUGGCGGCGGCCGCGCUGCCCGGCGUGCGGUACGAGCCGUUCGACUUCCACGCCGAGUGCCGCGGCAUGCGCUACUACCGCCUCAAUGUGCUCAUCGACCGCAUCGCGCACGAGCAGACCGAAUUCGGCUAUUUCCUGUGCCGCGGCGGCACAGUGCUGCUGCGCCAGAGCGGCGUGUUCCGCACCAACUGCGUGGACUGCCUCGACCGCACCAACGUGGUGCAGAGCCUGCUGGCGCGCCUGCAGCUCAACGCGGCGCUGACGCUGCUCGCCGUCGCACGGCCUGAUGAGCAGCAUCCGCAUCUCGACACGCUCUUUAAUACUGUAUGGGCUGACCACGCGGACAUGAUAUCGAUCCAGUACUCCGGCACGGGAGCGCUGAAGACCGACUUCACUCGCACCGGCAAAAGGACGCAUCUCGGCCUCAUGAGGGAUGGAGUUAAUUCCCUCACUCGAUACUACAAGAACAACUUCAGUGACGGGUUUAGGCAGGAUUCAAUCGACUUGUUCCUAGGCAAAUACGUGAUAAGGGACGGCGAGGGCAGCGCCGUGCCCUGUCCGCUGCGGCGCGACAGAGACUGGAAAUACAUUACAUUCCCGUCGGUACUGCUGGUGGCGGUGUCGAUGUUCUGCGCAAGCGCAACGCUGCCGUCUCGGUACACCAGCGAGGUGCUUCUCUACCUCAUGUUCUGGGGCGCUGCCGUCGGUGCCACACUCUCCUUCAUAUUUAGGCACGGCAAGGAGUUCGUGGACUGGCCGCGGCUGGACGCGGGCGGGCUCGCCGCCGCGCGCGCCCUGCCGCCGCCGCACUCUUUAUGAUCCACGACCUGUCGCUAGUGGUCGUCGUGUAGCGCGCAGCCGAGCUUCCCUCUACUGUAUUGUGCUCGCAGCGGUGUCACACACUAUAUCCUGAUUCAUUUUCUGUGAGGGGUGUCUCUGCUUACCCUCCAAGAAUAGGAUAGCUAAGCAAUUAGCAAGGUCUGUUUUUGUACACUCUCACCUGAAAUCUAUAAUAAAGAUGUCGACUGUCAAGCGAUAAUACGAUAUUAGGUCCAUCGAUAAUCGACUGACAAGGGCUCUGCAUCUGCAAAUGUAUUUCAAGAAUGUCAGAGCUUUCAUGUCAGACUCUAAUUUGUGGGAUUUCGUAAUUCAUUCAGAUUCCAGUCUUGGUGGGAGUGUGUGUACCAAUGAUUUCAUUACUGCGACUCGACCAUAUAAAAUUGUACUUUAAUAAGAUGGCAUUUUUUAGCUUUUAUUUCAAAAUCGAACGAUUCAAUAAACUUUUAUCAUAAUUUAUGUUAUACUACAGUUAUACUUCGUCUAAAAUAAUAAGCGAAUACAGACAUGUAAACAUUUUAUGCAUCUGUCAUUUUAUUAAAGUUCUUUAGGUGGUGUAUUGAUUUAGGCAGAAAUCUGAAACAGAUACAAUGAAAUAAUGUCAUUGGCAUAGGCAUGACACCACACUGAAUGUGUUAAAAAUAUUAUAUAUAUACUAAUUAAUUUUUUAUUCAUUUUUCCAAAUUACAAACAUUGUUUAUAUAUAUGACACCACUGCCGACCACAAUACAAAAAAACUAUCAUAAUUAUAUAGUUAAAUGAACUUAUGUCUUACCAAAAAAUCUUCUACUUAACAUGCUACAAAAACGAAAUUUCGACAAAGAAAUAGAAAUAAGAUUUUAAAUCCACGGAACCUUUCUCUAAGCCGUCGUUAAAUUAUCGAUAAAUUGUAUCGAUAAGUAAUUUUAUCUAAAAAGUAUUUACAUUUAAAAUUUUUAAACUUUUUCCUUUACUGCACAUUUUUAGAAAUAUUCACGUCGAAUUCAAAUGUAGAAUUCAACACGCCGAUUGCCAGUGAAAGCAGAUAAAUUAAGCAAAAAGUUGCGACAAAAAAUCGAGGUCAAUACUUCAUUGUGAUAGAAGAUGAGCUCACGAAAACGCAAAAGUAAAAAACUGUAUAUCAAACACUAAGUGAAGAUCCCUGAAAGAGAAAGUACUGCGAAGUAUAAUUGGGAUUUUUUUCUUUUAUAUUUUUCAGUUUUUUACUUCGAUGUUAGCAUUGUGAUGUAUGUCAAUUAAAAUGAUGUACAGUAAAAGUUAUAAAAAAGUUUUUUUUUUUUUUUUUUUUCAAUGUGAGUACUGGCAAUUUGAGUGUUGGAAUUUUGAAAUGUUAAAUUAAUAAAUGUAAUUGUUAUUAUUGAUUAAUACAGUGCUACAUAAUAGAUCAGUAGACAAAUCGAUAACAAAAAAAAAUAGACAUUACGCAUAGCUCAGAAAAAUGGAGCAAAUUAUUGAUCGUUAAUUAGACUCAAAGAAUGAUAUUUACAGUAUUUCAAAACAUAUUGUCCAUAAUAAAGUGUAGAUAUUUUUGCGUUAUGUUCCUUUCAUCAUACCUCGAGCAUUAUCUAUUGUACAAAUUAAACAUAUUCGUAAUUCCUUGAAAGGUCCUUUCACAUUUACAAUAUUGUGUGCAGAGACCUAAGAAUAUAUAUUUUUCAUCGACCAAAUAUCACGUUACUAUUUUGCUUAGUGUAAACAAGAUGUUAAAUAUUUAUUCGAUAGUCCAUUAGCAUUCCAAUAAAUGUAUUGAAUUUUGUGUUGCAAUAAGAAUAUGAAAUAGAUGUUAGUGUUGAUAAAAAUCGAACUGAUUCUGUGUUUUCUGAAAAUCGAUUGCUUGUGAAAAUAUUUUUUGUCUAGAAAUUUUAGGUAUAAUGUUUUAAAGAUAAGUCUUGAAUUCUAGUAUAGAUAAAGACAAAAAUAUCUUAACAUAUCAUAUACCACAUUAAAGUGCGUAAUUCAGAAUAGUUCAACAUGUAAACAGAGCAGAGCUAAGAAAAUUGUUAACCAAUAGAUUAAAUUCAUGUCGCCAUUCAGCUGAGCUCUGAACAUUGCCGAGCUGAGAGCAGCCGUGCAUUUUGUGCGAUUUUCUAUAGAUGCCUAGCCUAAUCUUAAAAAAGAAUAAACUAAUUAAAAUAAGUCAUUUGUAAGCGUGUCAAUAAUUACUUUGUUCUGAUUGGCUUUUGCGAUUAAUCGAAAAGAGUGAUUAGGAUCGAUUAUGGAAAUGUCCAAUCGAUAAUAAGGGUCGGCUUCAGAUACUUAAGGUGCCACUGGCAAAAAUUCGCCGAUUUUAUGGCAACCAACGUCACGAUUUUGCUAGCAAAAAAUAUUUCAUAUCAAUCAAUGAUUACUAACAUCUUAGUUGCGCAUCGGCUCAGCAUUAUUACAUGGAGCUGUUAUGAUUUUUAUCAACACUAAAAUAUUUGGAUCUGGUGACGACGGGUUCCGGGAGUAGUAAUGGAUUUGAAUUGGUUAUAAAGGUAACAUAUAAAUAGCUUAGAUCUUCCUACAUUGACAAAGAAUUUGUGUACCACAAAAAUAUUUAUGAGCAUGUACUUAAUUUUGAUAACAGUAAUACUAGUAAAAUAUCUUACGCGACGUUCAAAAUGAACAAUUGUAAAUAGUUUGAGUUAGAAAACAAGAUAUAUUGAUGUUUUUUUGUCUAGCAAGGUGACAUAAAGUUGGUUUUAAAGAACACAACGAACUUGUCCUUAUGAUUAUAAAUUUAUACCACCAAAUAAAAACCCGUUUCGGAGGCGACACUUUUGCUUUUUUGUUUUAAAGUGAUCUUUGCCAGUACAAGAUAUUAGUUCCAUUUUUCACCUUAACAUGGUGAGAUUUUUUAUUUUAUUGGUCGAGGUAUAAUUAUUUUGAUGGUUCAAAAAAUGUAGUGGGCAGCUUCUAUGAUCUGGGAGUGGGCAUUGCGCUAUUCUGAGGUGGUCACGAACCCGGCCCUCUUCUAGGUACGUCUAUGGUUGCAUUCAGCGAAUCUUUGUCAAUGUAGGUAGGAAGGGUUAGGUUGCGUGCAGAGGGAAUGGCUUAUAACGACCACGAUGCGGCUGUUGCAUAUCUUAAGAAAUAACAUUGCGUUUUUUGUACUAUCGACUCAUGCUGUGUAUUAAUAAGAUUUGGCAGAAUUAAUGCGAUUCUUGGUCUUGUAUUUUUUUUAAUUAACCUUUAGCAAAUGCGUCAUAUGAGUAAAUGUUAGGUGAAAUUGUUUUAUUUUAGAUUUUUUAUUAAAUCGAUAUGCAGCAUGCGUCGUCAGAUUUUUAAAUGCAUUUAUUUUAUGUGAUAUACCCAUUUAAAUAAUAUAAUAUGCGAUGUUUUGUGUGUUGUCCCCUUUUAUAUUCUUGUGUAGUAGUGAUGUACGUAAAUAUCGACUAUCGAUAAAUCAAAUGUUUUGUUAUUUACAUACAUUUUUAUUCUCCAAGUUUGUAUUCUAGCAUUUUAUUUUGCGCGGAUUUUGUACGUGCAAAAUGUUCAAUUUAGAUAAAUAUUUAGCAUAAACAAAUUAUAAAACUUUAAGUAAUAUCCAAGCAGCAUGUUUGGAAAUCUACACAUAAUCCAUACAUCCUUUGCAGUGUUAUUUCCCAUAAGAUAUUAUAAUGUUAGUAUAAUUUUUUCGAUCAACGUCAUGCGGUUGUUUAAUUUAUGAAAGCUAUUAUAUUUCAAUAAAAGUUUAAUCUUA